AUGCCCAUUUGCAUACAUUGCACGGCGCCUGUGCCCUAUCUCUACACAGUAUAUCAAUCUGCCCACAAUGUCCGACUCGAGCAAUGUCCGACUUGUCUUCAAUUUGCCGAUCUAUAUGUUGAGCACGACGCAUUGAUCCUCGUUCUUGACCUCAUUUUGCUCAAGAGAGGCGUUUACCGCCAUCUACUAUUCAAUCGUGGAGCCCCGCCACGGAAAGCUGGUGCUGCACCAAUGCAUAAUGCAAGCCACGAAACCAUUGACGGGGCCAAAGGUAAUGCCGUGAAUGUACAGUUCGAGAAAGACGAAUGGGAGCGCGAGAAGAUGCGGCGCUCGUUGAUUGCACGGCUCGGUUGUGCGCUGGUCACGGUAGACGCAUUCAUCAGGUGGUCACGACUACAUCCUGCUGCCGCAAUCUUUCCGGCUACCAGGGAAAGCCCUUGGACCCAAGAGGCUACCAUAGCAUUCAGCCCCGUCUGGCUAGGUUGUUUCAUCGAAACCAUUGCCUUUCAUGCUGGCAUCACUCUAUCGUCUUUCCUCGUCCUUGAGGGUCUCAAACGGUGUUCAAGUUGGUCCAAAAGAUCGUCAUCGAAGCCGCCACACGAGUCAACGACAUCUUCCGUUCGCGAACAGCUCAGAUACUCACACAUCCCGAUUUGCCUACUCUACUCGUCCCUAACCAAGUUUUUUCUGCUCUUCCUUCUGUCCAUCUGGGGAACCGCUUCGCCGACAGCCUCUGCUGACCUCGUCGUGUCCACACCACGAUACAAGCAUACCAUCACGUUUGAUAGUCCUACGCUCCAAUUAGCUUGGGGAGUGCUCGAUGACGACAAGCUGGAUAGGGAGUGGGUUGUCAGGAACGUGCUGGGAGGAAUGGCCGCGGGAUUCGGUCUGAGAGUGGUAUUGGAUUGCCAUCCGUUCUUUACAACUCUGAUCGUUCUCGUGGGUUGGGUAUGUAAGACGGUCGUCGCUAAUAUAGCGAAUAGUUGGAUUGGAAAGGAUAAGAUGGUCGGGGAGGCUUGGUUGGCAUACAGCAUACCGUAA